AUGGCUCAGAUGGAGGCCAAUACGCAAAAGGAAAAUGUCGAGUACCUGGAGACCAAUCCGCAGACAGCGGCGGAUGCAGAUAUCUUCCGUCCCGAACCCGCCUUCGCCAAGUACAUCCCCGGCGGAUACUCGCCCUCACGAUGCCUGCCCCUGCGCGGCCGGGCCAUGACCUACGCCAUCUUCGCCUUUGCCGGAUGCGCUAUCACCUUCUUUGGCUACGACACCGCCGUCAUGAGCCAGGUUAACAACAACCCGGAUUAUCAGCAGCGGAUGGGCGUCGCGAGUGGGAGUGCUCGGGAUGCUGCCGCCAUUGGGGGGUUGGUGAGUUUGUGGUUUGGCGGGUUUGCUAUUGGCGCCCUCCUGGUCGGCUACACUGCCGAUGCAAUUGGCCGGCUCAAGACCAUUCAGAUCGGCUGUAUCUGGGGGAUAUUGGGGGCUGCACUUCUUGCUUCUGCCCAAAACAUCACCUGUCUGGCGAUUUCGCGUGUCAUCAGUGGAAUUGGUUGUGGACAUCUGAACACGACUGUUCCUGUCUGGACGUCUGAACUCGCGGAUCCGCAUCUUCGGGGGGCUUUUGUGGCAGUUCAGUUUACGCUCGCGAUGACGGGGAGUGCUAUACGUGUCCAGACUGACGUGUUUGAUAGCGUCUACUGGAUGGAGUUCGCCUGCGUCAAAACUCAGAGCGAAGCCUUCUCCUGGCGCUUCCCGCUCGGCUUCCAGAUCAUCUUCCUUAUCAUCAUCCUCGCCGCCGCGCCUUUCUACCCGGAAUCGCCGCGGUAUCUCGCUAAGACUGGGAAUCUCUCCGCGGCUCGCGCGGUGCUGGAGCGCGCUCGCGUGGAUGCAAGCCCCGAGCCCACCGAGCGUGAGAUGGAUGAGAUCCUCUUCGCCAUCCGAGCCGAGGCGUCGUCCACAUCGGCCAGUUUCUACAGCAUGCUCUUCAAGAAGGACAAGCUGCACACCCGUCGGAGGUUGUUGCUGGGCGCGGGUGUGCAGAUCAUGCAGAAAUGCACGGGCAUCGACUUCAUAAGCGUGUAUGCGCCGAAUAUGUUUGCUCUCUCGGGAUUCACGGGUGACAAGCCUGCGCUGCUCGCGGGCGGGAACUGGUUCGGCUACAUCGCCAGUCUGGCGCUCUCUAUCUAUCUCUGUGACCAUGUCGGCAGGCGGAAGAUGAUGCUCAUUGGGUGUUCGCUCAUGGGCGUUGUGUUGAUUGUCGGGGGUGUGCUCUCGCAUGAGACGCUUGCCUAUAGCUCCAGCGACCCGGUAAAGGCGAGUAGCUUUGGGGCGAGUGUUGCGGCCGUUUUGUAUAUCUACACUUUUAUCUAUGGCAGUACGUGGUUGACGACUUGCUGGGUCUAUCCCACCGAAGUCUUCCCCCUCGCCAGCCGCAGCAAAGGCGUCGCCCUGGCGACCAUCGCCUUUUCUCUCGCCGGCGGCACCAUCAACGAGAUCAUCCCCUACCUGAUCGACGCCAUCGGGUUCUGGGUCUUCAUCCUCUUUGCGUUAGUGAACCUGGCGAUGCUAGUGCCGAUAUUGCUGUUCUAUGUUGAAACUGCAAAUCGCCAGCUCGAGCAAUUGGAUAUCCUCUUCGCGAGCAAGAGCUGUCUUGCUUGGAAGGCGGAGAGGGAGUUUCGGGAGAAGACGAGUGGUGGUGAGGGAGUGGAAGGUCUGAGCAAACAGCUUGCUGUAUGA